UUUUCGCGGGGGUGGGUCCGCUUACUUACGGCUUUCAUCCAUCUCACCUCGAGGACGGCAAGAUGGAAUGGACGAAGUUAUCUUCUUUCCCUCUUAUCAUUCUCUUUUAACAUACCUAUUUCAAUGUAUUUACUCUAUAACUUAAUACCUAUACUGUUCCUACCUCUCAUAGCCACCUCAUGAGGCAUAAGCCAAAGGAUAUAUCACUUUAAUCUGAACAUAUUCAAAAUGCGUUCAAUUAAGCCAAGACAUAUCCGCCGAGGUCCAUUUCCCCGUUACCUCUCAUCAGCUAGUUCUUCUAUCCAACUGCAUGUUACUCCUAUAACAUCUCUACUAAUUGCAAACCGCGGUGAGAUUGCAUUGAGGAUAAAUAAGACGGCUGAACGCCUCGGUAUAAAAACUACAACGUUAUAUACUGACCCGGACGCCUCCGCACAGCAUGCUUCUUGCUCGCCACAUUCCAUCGGUCUUGGUGCCGCUAAUGGAUACCUUGAUGGAGAGAGGAUAGUGAGAUUAGCAAAGCAGCACGGUAUUCAGGCAUUACAUCCAGGUUAUGGCUUCUUAUCGGAAAACUCCGCUUUCGCCAAGAGGUGUGAGCAAGAGGGAAUCGUGUUUGUUGGGCCACCUGCUCAAGCCAUGGCAGACAUGGGAGACAAAGCCCGAAGCAAGGAGAUUAUGACUAAAGCCGGCGUACCAUGUGUACCCGGCUAUCAUGGCAGUGAGCAGGGCGAAGCGGAGUUGUUGCAAUAUGCGAAGGAGAUCGAAUUCCCAGUCUUGCUAAAGAGCGUAAAGGGAGGUGGCGGCAAGGGCAUGCGUAUCGUCAUGGAAGAAGGAGAGUUUAUCCAACAGUUGAAGAGCGCGCGAGCAGAGGCCAAAGCUUCGUUCGGAGAGGGCGGUGAGGUUAUGCUGGUUGAGAAAUAUAUCGUACGGCCAAGACACGUCGAAGUGCAAAUAUUCGCAGAUAAGCACGGUAACUGCGUUGCUCUAGGAGAACGGGACUGCAGCAUACAGCGCCGCCACCAAAAGAUAUUGGAAGAGUCGCCGGCUCCAGACUUAGAUGAUGUCACAAGACUAGAUCUAUGGGAAAAGGCCAAGACGGCGGCCUUAGCAGUAGGCUACGUGGGUGCGGGAACAGUAGAAUUUAUUUUCGACAAGGAUACGGGCGACUUUUACUUCAUGGAGAUGAACACUCGACUCCAAGUUGAGCAUCCCGUCAGUGAGAUGGUCACGGGGACGGAUCUAGUGGAAUGGCAAUUCCGUAUUGCAGCUGGAGAAAGAUUACCAUUGACACAAAAAGAAAUUAUAGACAGAAUUCACGAGAGGGGAGCGGCCAUUGAAGCCAGGAUAUACGCCGAAAGUCCCGAAAAGGGCUUCCUACCUGACUCCGGGAAGCUUGUUCAUCUGAAAACUCCCAAGGUCGAUGAGGACAUCCGAAUCGAUGCUGGUUUUGUUGAAGGCGAUACUGUCACCGAAGCCUACGACGGGAUGAUUGCGAAGCUCAUCGUCAGGGGUAGGGAUCGCGAGACUACUAUUAGGAAGAUGGAGCUCGCUCUACGCGACUACGAAGUCGUAGGUUUGAGCACUAACAUUGAGUUCUUGAAGCGUCUAUGUAGGUCACCGGCGUUCAUAGAAGGAGAUGUCGAGACGGGCUUUAUCGAAAAGUGGAAAGAGGAACUUUUCGAUCCCGUGGUAAUCAAGCCCGAAGUGUAUGUGCAAGCGGCACUUGGUGCGUUUGCUUCUCAGGCCGCGGAAGUUGUUGAGCCUCAUGGAGAAAGUCUCGGCUUUGGCUUAAACAGCAGUGAACGAACGUUCACUUUUAAGUCCCUGGAUGUGUUAGAUCAGAAAGAAGGAGAGGUGGUGAAUGUUAGCAUAACUCAAAAAGGAAACAGCUUGUUCGACGCUCGAGUCAUACGGAAGGAUGAAGAUCCUCAGGUUUUUGAAGAUCUCGUGUCUUCUCCCGUUUCAAGCUCCGACAAGACUAGUCUAAUAACCUAUUUCCCCCACACGCGGGUAGAAACGACAGUGGUCCAAGAUCCCAACAACGAUAACAAGGUCACCGUAUUCCAACUUGGGACUAAGACGGAAUUAAUACUAGUAUCUCCAUCCUGGUACGAGAAAGCCUUGGGGUUGAAAGAGGUCACAGGGUCGGUUGCAGCUCCGAUGCCUUGCAAGAUCCUCAAGAACGAAGUCAAGGAGGGUGAUAGAGUUGCCAAAGGAGCCCCGCUUGUUGUUAUCGAAUCCAUGAAGAUGGAAACAGUCAUUCGAUCACCACAAGAUGGCGUCAUCAAGAGACUCGCGCAUAAAGAAGGGGUAAGUCUUUGCGUCUUACUAGUUAGGUCUCGUGAUUGCUAACUCGAACUAAAGGAUAAAUGUAAAGCUGGCACGGUAUUAGUGGUGUUUGAAGAAGAUAGUAUGGAGUAAGAUUUAAGUGAGGAUAUAGUAGAGUGUUGCUAAAAGCUCUAUGUUACACAUGGUGUACGGUUUACGUGACUUGAUUUAUGACGAAGCAUUAUAUAGGUAGUCAAUAUGACAUGAAUAUCCUCUAGCGGGAAUAAAUUUUACUAACAGCUCAUAUGAGUCUAAUGUCAUGUCGAAUUUUGAAAGUAGUUGGUGUUAGUCAACCUUUAUAGAAGUUAUGACACCAAGACCAUACGCCUUUUGAGACAUCAAAUUUAAACCCGACUUAACAUUAACUCGAGAUACCACCAG